AUGAUAGACUCAUCCAGGGUUGGAGCCCUCAAGGAACUCGAGCUCAACCAUGCCGAUGCUGAGGGGUUGGAGGACAUCACCGUCUCUAAUGCGCUCGCCACGGAUCAAGCCAAGCUCACCGACGCUGGAUACUUUCACGAUGCUCCUUUGAUCGGAACCAUUGCCGGCAGCAGCCUCGUCAUCCUCGCUUCAUAUUGGGCUUUCAGUCCAGCAGCGGCCAUCCUUGUCUACAUCAACGAGGAUAUUGGCCCGAGUGACAAUGCGAGUCUCUUUUCCAUCGUCUGGUCUCUUUGCACUGCAAUCUCCAUGGUUAUCUUCGGUAGAGUGUCGGACAAGUUCGGAAGACGCUGGUUCUUGUUAGGAGCCAGCGGCCUCGGUAUCCUCGGAGGAAUUGUUGCAUGCACGGCGAAGACCAUGAACACAUUGAUUGGAGCAAAUGUCCUCUUGGGGUUGGGUGCAGGAGUCCAUACGUGUUACACGCUCUUUAUCGGCGAAAUCUGCCCCAAUAAAUACAAAUAUCUUGGGAUCAUGUUCACAGUGAUUCCUAAUGUGAUACCGACAGGUUUUGGAGCUUAUCUUGCUCUCAUGCUUGUACAUAAUGCGAAUUGGAGAUGGGUAUAUUACAUCGAGAUCAUGAUAAUGGUGCCUGGCCUCAUUCUACAAUAUCUCUAUUAUCGGCCUCCAACCUUUCAUCAACUCCAUGGUGGCAAUCGGACCAGGUGGCAGGAGUUCAGACGUGUUGAUCACCUGGGACUAUUUCUUCUUUGCAGUGGAUUGACGCUAUUUAUUCUUGGUAUUUCAUGGGGUGGUCAACCUCUGCCGUGGACAUCUGGAAAGAUUUUGGGGCUCAUAAUCUCAGGUGGUGUCCUUCUCAUCAUUUUCGCUGUAUCCAAGGUGCCUAACAAGCUGGUUCCUCUCUAUUUUUUCAGAGAUCUUCGAGGAUUUGUCUGCUUGAUAACCAUUGAAAUGGUUUCGGGAACCAUUUACAUUGCUCUUAGCAUCAUCUGGCCUUCUCAGGUUGCACAGGUCUACGGUGCUGGCGCCACAGGGUGGCAGGACAACGCCUGGCUCUCGACGACGGUGGCCUUCGGCAUCUGGGGUGGUAUUGUUCUGUGUGGCUCAGUCUUCCACAUUGUGAAACACGUACGCCUCCAACUGAUCAUAUAUAUGAUCAUUGUCGUAGCCUUCAGCGGAGCAUUGGCAUCCGGCAAUACCGAGAACAAAGGACAAAGUGCGGCCUUCUCUUUCCUGACAACCUUUCCAGUCGGAAUUCUGGAGGUCGUCCCCGGUAUCCUCGUCCAGUUGGAGAUAGACGACACUGAGCUAGGAACUGCCUUCGCCAUACUGGGGUUCCUUCGAACAGCAUUCGGAUCCAUCAUGACUGCCGUCUUUUUGGCGAUCCUGACUAGCAAGAUCCCAACGGAAAUGGCUCAUUAUAUCCCUGGCGCGGCUAUUAAUGCUGGUCUACCACAGUCAUCACUUGGUGACCUAUUCAAGGCCAUUGCAGCAGGAACUACUGAGGCACUCGACAGAGUACCGGGUAUUACCGAGGCAAUUGUCGCCGCCGUAGCAAAAGCAAAAGCACAGUCCUACGCAGCAGCAUACGCGUAUGUCUACUACUCAACAAUCGCGAUUGGGGCCGUAGGCCUUAUUGCUGUAUUCAGUAUGAAGGACUAUGACCCCCUCCUCAAUGACCAUGUAUCUCGCCAGGUCUAUAAAAAGGGGGAAACUGUACCACAACCAUAUGCGAUCCAGCCGGAAGAGUUGAAAGAGCAACCCAAAAUUGUCACCAUGGAGAGUGUUUAA